AUAGUUAGAAGUCGAUAUCUAGAUUGGCCCCAUAUUAUUUUAAAAAAGUUUGCCGAAGGUAAUUAAAAAUGAAUAUAGAGGAUGAAAAAUUUGAUGGAUUGCUUUUAGCAAUAGCCGAAAAGCACACGGAUGGAAUUCCUCAGUUUUUAGAUACAAUUGCGAGCUUCUUGCGAAGGAAAACUGAUUUCUUUACGGGUACUUCUAAAGAAAAAUGGGAAGCAUUGCUAUCAGGUGUUUUCAAUAAGCAAUAUGAAAAGGCAAUUACUCAAAACUCGGAGAACGUAAACCAAUCUGUGGCGAAACAGGAUAAUAAGAAGACGCAAAAUAUUGCUAAACAGGAAACCAGAAUUGAGGAAAUCGUUCCUAAAGAAGAGGUUUCAAAACCAAUAAAUGAUGUAGAAGAUGACUCUGAGAAAGACGAAAUUGGUAAACUCAAACCAAAUUUGGGAAAUGGCUGCACUUUGGAUAACUAUUCAUGGACGCAAACUCUGCAAGAAGUCGAGGUUAAAAUUCCUCUGAAGACUUCGUCAAAUUUGAGAGCUAGAGAUAUUGAUGUUACAAUAGGAAAGACCUCGAUCAAAGUUGGUUUGAAAAACCAGGAACCUGUAAUUAACGGCAAACUUUGUGCAGAAGUGAAACAAGACGAUUCGGUUUGGGUGCUGCAGGAUAGCAACACUGUUCUCAUUACGCUAGAAAAGAUUAAUAAAAUGAAUUGGUGGGACCGUUUAGUUGCCACAGAUCAACCUAUAUCAACACGUAAAAUUAAUCCAGAACCUUCAAAGCUUUCUGAUUUGGAUGGCGAAACACGAAGUUUGGUUGAGAAAAUGAUGUACGAUCAACGUCAAAAAGAAAUGGGAUUGCCAACCAGCGAAGACAAAAGAAAAAUGGAAAUAAUGGAGAAGUUUAAAAUGCAGCAUCCUGAAAUGGAUUUCUCGAAUUGCAAAUUUAACUGAUGCUAAUUUUUAAGAGUUUUUUUGUAUUAGUUUUGUACAUAUCUCCAUGCCUAUACUUUUGAAUAAAAAACUGUGGCAAAGUUA